CUGGGGGCUGGUGAAUUCAAGACUGCUCAUCCUGGUUGGCUUUCUCUCACUCCUCUUGCUAAAAGCAGGCUAGGAUUGACUCCUGGUCAAAAUGUUGCAGUAAAGCGACCAUUUCAUAAGGUGUUUCCAUCCGCCUCAAGUCUUAUGUACAAAAUAGGUCGUUUUUCUUCAAUCAACGAAAUAGCCAAGCUUGGCAAGGAAGCAAACAUCUUAUAUUGGGCUCAUUCUCUCCUACAGCUCACAUACACCUUCAUCAAUCACUGUAUUGCCUCCUCUGACAAACCUCCGCCAUUCAACAUCCCUCAUGUGCACUUCAUUGAUGCUGGCUUGGCAAUCUCUUACUCUCAAUGUGAUUCCAAACCUACAAAGGAAGGCUCAAAAACAGGCUCAACAUGUGCAGGAUAUCUUGUAGAGGAGCUUAUUGAAGGUGGACCAGACAUUUUUCUGAAGGUCAUUCACAACAUGGACUCUAAUCCUCUGCUCAAUCAA